GCCCAGCAUGCUGCGGGGCGCUGAGCUGCCGCCGCCUGUGACCUCCAGCCCGGCCCGUCACAAGCGGGGAUGAACUCAGACCACCGGGCCCUUAGUUCUCGAGCUGAUUACCUACCGAAUCUAUAUGUAAAAUAAUGUGGGCGAGCGGAUGGUGAAAAUAUGACCUCCCUUUGUCCUUUAAAAACAUAAUUUUCAAGCUGAUUUGGGGUCAUUUGAAGAUGCACACCAGCUUCAAGUUGAAGGAGUAGGACUUUGCAUCCUUUAAAAAAAGUAUUCAUUUCUGAGUCUGCACACACAUGCCAGAGUGUGAAGACACCCUCAGGAUGGGCUCUUCCAUGUCAUUGUCGCACGCAGUGAGCUUUUAGGGAAAUCUAAGUUCAUUUCAAGGCAUUCGAAAUGGGGAAAGACUAUUAUCACAUUUUGGGAAUUGAAAAAGGAGCUACAGAUGAAGAUAUUAAGAAGGCUUACCGAAAACAAGCCCUCAAAUUUCAUCCAGACAAGAACAAGUCUCCUCAAGCAGAGGAAAAAUUUAAAGAGGUCGCAGAAGCUUACGAAGUACUGAGUGAUCCUAAAAAGAGAGAAAUAUAUGAUCAGUUUGGCGAAGAAGGCCUGAAGGGUGGAGCUGGCGGCACUGACGGACAAGGAGGCACCUUCAGGUACACGUUCCACGGAGAUCCGCAUGCGACCUUUGCAGCCUUCUUUGGAGGUGCCAACCCCUUUGAAAUUUUCUUCGGGAGACGGAUGGGUGGAGGCCGAGACUCUGAAGAGAUGGAGAUAGAUGGCGACCCCUUCAGUGCCUUUGGCUUUAGCAUGAAUGGAUAUCCAAGAGACAGGAAUUCCGUGGGGCCCUCCCGUCUCAAGCAAGACCCUCCCAUUAUUCAUGAACUCAAAGUCUCGCUUGAAGAAAUAUACAGUGGCUGCACCAAACGGAUGAAGAUUUCUCGAAAGAGAUUAAACCCUGAUGGAAGGAGUUACAGAUCUGAGGAUAAAAUUCUCACCAUUGAAAUAAAGAAAGGGUGGAAAGAAGGCACCAAAAUUACUUUCCCAAGGGAAGGUGAUGAAACACCAAAUAGCAUCCCAGCAGACAUUGUUUUUAUUAUUAAAGACAAAGAACAUCCCAAAUUUAAGAGAGAUGGAUCGAAUAUAGUUUAUACUGCUAAAAUUAGUUUACGGGAGGCAUUGUGUGGCUGCUCAAUUAAUGUGCCAACAAUGGAUGGAAGAAACAUACCUAUGUCAGUCACUGACAUCGUGAAGCCUGGGAUGAGGAGGAGAAUUAUUGGCUAUGGGCUGCCAUUUCCAAAAAACCCAGACCAACGUGGCGACCUACUGAUAGAAUUUGAUGUGUCCUUCCCAGACGUCAUUUCUGCAGCAUCCAAAGAGAUCCUUAGGAAACAUCUCCCUGCCUCAUAGAAUGAGAAGAACCUUGCUAUCCAUAUUUUGAUAAGACACUGAAAAUAUAAAAGUACUGGCAGUUUGA